AUGAGCACCUCCUUCAACACCCCUAGUCGCUCCGCAACCAAGAAACACCCUAUAUACCAUGGAAUACGGUGUCGUAGUGGAAAAUGGGUGUCUGAAAUACGCGAACCACGUAAAACUACUCGUAUAUGGCUUGGGACGUACCCCACACCUGAAAUGGCUGCGACCGCAUAUGAUGUGGCCGCAUUGUCACUAAAAGGUAGUGACACAGUUCUAAAUUUCCCUGACCUUGUUGGGUCUUAUAUUGUGCCUCAUAUACCUGAGCCCGUAUUCAUUAGAAAUGCGGCUGAGGUGGCAGCCCAGUUAAUGAAAUAUUCAAGUCAAAGGAUUAGUAGUAGUGUGACACAUGAUUAUUCGAGUAAAGAGUUUGUGGAUGAAGAUGAUAUAUUUGGUAUGCCGAAUUUGUUGGUUGAUAUGGCGGAGGGAAUGAUGAUUAGCCCGCCACGGCAAGAGACAAGCAACGAUGGCCAGUCAGCGAUUGAUUCUCUUGAUAAUCAAGAUAACCUUUGGAGCUAUUAA